AGGUGUGCCCCUCCUGUGCCUGCUCGCGGCGCCGCCUCCUCCUCCGGCACUCCUCCUCCUGCCUGCCCCGGGAGGCGGCGCGCAGGGACGGCGGCUCCGGUGCCGGCGGCCCCCGGCCCGAGCCCGGCCGCGUCCCCUCGCCAUGCCGGCCGCCGCGCCGCCGCCGCUUCACCCCGCCGCGGGCUCCUGCUGCCACUGCGCGGGGCGCCGAGCCUUGUUUGACCGUUCCUCGCACAACGCCAGCUCGAAGGCAAAAGAGAGGAGGCUGCAAGGGACUUGCCCUCCUGUUCGUCACGGGAACUAUGGCAGGGCAUGCCUGGGGGAGAGCAGCCACAGGUCCCUCUUUUUCAGCCCCCGCCACGGUUUUCACUCGCUGCAUUCGGAGCACAGCCCUGCGAAGCCGCGGGUGGUUACAGUGGUGAAGCCCGGCGGCCGCACGCUCAGGAGGAUAACUUUGCUCCUCAACAGAAGGUCCAUCCAGUCCUUUGAGCAGCUGCUGGGAGACAUUUCUGAAGCUCUGGGAUUCCCACGCUGGAAGAACGACCGCGUGAGGAAGCUUUACAGUCUGAGAGGCAGAGAGAUCCAAAGUCUUUCCGACUUCUUCAGGGAAGGCGAUGCCUUCAUAGCGAUGGGGAGGGAGCCUCUGACUUUGAAGAACCUGGAAGUGGUACUACAGGAACUUUAUCCUGAAAACCCUUACGCUGCCAGUUCUGCCAUUCAGCAGAGUGAGGAUCAGGCCCAAAAACUGAAGGGCAGGUUGUGUGACAAGGCUUUGAAAGUAGACAGUGGCUUUGACGAGACAGAAAUUGCCAAGAGCUGCAGUGAUGGCAUGUCUCCCCAGCCGGUAGCUGGGCAUGAAGGGAAAAGCCAAGCCAAACCAAAGCAAGAGGAAAACAUCAGAACCAAGAAAAAAUGGACUAGGGAGAGCUGGGAUGGUGAGCAAGGGUUGAAGCCUUCCAGAAAGACCCGAGAGAACGAGAGGUACCUUAACCACGCGAGGAGCCUUGAGGAGGGAUUAGAGGAGAGUCCGGAGGAGGUGGUGAGGUGCGAGAAGUGUGAGCAGGAAAGGCAGGCCAGGCAAAAGCUGCAGAGGGAGCGGCGAGCUGAGGCCUCGUUUGAGAACAGGGACCUGAACACAGGUGUGUGUCAGAGGUACCACCUGGAAAGAAAUGUGAAAAUCAGGAAUUGCAGGAAACCCACAGAAACUUGUCUGGAAGGUGAGGGUGUUGGUUGGAAAGACAAUGGCUGCAGGAGGACAUGGAAGCCUCUUCAUAGGAAUGAAGGGCUGGAAAAGCAAAAAAGGAGCCUGGAGAGGGAAAGGGAUGUGGAGAAACACGAAAGCCAUGGGAUGGAAGCAGUAAAAGUGAAGAAGAAUCCUGUGGAAGGACUGCAGGUAGCUCACGAAGCAAAGGAAGAGAAUGGAAGUAGCUGUGUGGUGAACCAAAGCGGCUGGCUGAAGAAAGACACACCAAGGGAUGCUGAGAAGCCAUCUAAAACACACAGGGAUGGCAGAGAGGGCCACAGGGCCAAAGAAGAAGGAAGCAGAAGAGAAGGGAACAUCACACGUAGAGAGAGCGACGUGACGCGGCGAGAGAAGACGGGGGAGCGCAAAGCGAACAAAGAAGAGAGCAAGGCUCAGGGGCUGGAGAAGCCGAGCCGCAGGCAUGCCAUCAAAAGCAGGACUGAUGUGGAGAAGUACUAUGAGAUUGGCAGAACUAUUGGGGAUGGGAACUUUGCAGUGGUGAAGGAAUGUCGCCACUCUGGCUCCGACCAGAUCUACGCCAUGAAAAUCGUCGAUAAGUCGAAGCUGAAGGGGAAGGAGGACAUGAUGGAGAGUGAAAUCCUGAUCAUUAGGAGUCUCUCUCAUCCCAACAUAGUGAGCUUAAUUGAAGUGUAUGAGACAGAAGCUGAGAUCUACUUAAUCCUGGAGUAUGUCCCGGGAGGGGACCUGUUUGAUGCAAUCAUAGAAAGCGUCAAGUUCACGGAGCACGAUGCUGCUGUCAUGAUCACCGACCUGUGUGAAGCACUGGUGUACAUCCAUGGCAAAAACAUUGUCCACAGGGAUCUCAAACCAGAGAACCUUUUGGUUCAGCAUAAUGCAGAUAAAUCUACUACCCUGAAACUAGCAGAUUUUGGCCUUGCAAAGCUGGUUACAAAACCCAUAUUUACCGUGUGUGGAACACCAACGUACGUUGCCCCCGAAAUCCUUGCUGAGAAGGGCUAUGGGCUGGAAGUAGACAUGUGGGCAGCUGGUGUGAUCCUUUACAUCCUGCUCUGUGGCUUCCCCCCCUUCCGCAGCCAGGAGCGUGACCAGGACGAGCUGUUUCAGAUCAUACAGCUGGGGCACUAUGAGUUCCUUUCUCCAUACUGGGACAAUAUAUCUGCAGCAGCAAAAGACCUCAUCACCAGGCUGCUGAUAGUGGACCCCCAGAAGCGCUACACAGCUCGCCAAGUCCUGCAGCACCCCUGGAUCCGAACAGCUGGCAAAACCAACGGCAGGAAUUUGCAGAGGGAGGUGACCAUCAAUAUCGAGCGGCAUUUCCGGGCCCAGCGCCGCAGGGAGGCUGCUGAGGAGGACACAUGAAACCCACUCUCAAGAUUGUUUAGUCUUCUUUUCACUCAUUUAACCAAUGUGGCUUUCUUUUCUAAAUCAGAGAAUCAUAGAAUCAGCCAGGUUGGAAGAGAGCUCCAAGCUCAGCCAGUCCAACCUAGCACCCAGCCCUGGUCAAUCAACUAGACCGUGGCACUAAU